AUGGAAGACAUAUUGAACAAGAUGGUGCUCCCACAGGCGAAGGAAGUGGGCGGUUGGUUCACCGAGCUUCUCUUCUUGCUUCACAUGAAGGAGAAGCCGGAUACAAAGAACUCAAGAGACCAGGACAGCGAUCAGGCCAGCGACCAUGCGAUUUUGCCAUCCCACAAGUCGCGCCAGUACCGUUGGUCUCACGUACUCAGUUACUUGGCCGUCAUGGGUGGUUUCGCCUUCGACAACAGUCACGCUCCCGAGAAGAUCCCGCUGCCCAAUAAACGUGCGCGCGUCACGCUGACCACGACGGGCAUCUUGUUUCUGGCCAAGCUAGAGCCAGACCUGAUACCCGACAUAUCGGAGGAGCAGAUCCGCGACAAGAGCAAAACCAACCCGCUUGCCAAGAUUCUCACCUGCCUACAAGCCCUCUGGUUUUGUGCGCAGGUGCUGUCGCAUCUAGGCCAGAACCUAGCCGUGACGCUGCUCGAGCUUAACACAUCUGCACACGCGCUGUGCGCGCUGUGCGUCUACUUCAUGUGGUGGAACAAGCCACUCGACAUUGUCGAGCCCUUUUCGAUUGAUGUGCAGAGCGAUCGUGCGGCCGCACUGUGCGCGAUGUUCUGUUACAAUUUCGAAGGCGGCUUUUACCAUCUGUGCCGCUUCGAAGGGAAACCCUAUCAGCAGCAUGAUUUAUUGCAAGUACGAGGAAGGAUCUGUCUGGACUUAGACGAGCUGCUGCAAAGUCCUGAGCAGCAGGAAUCAGUGAACGAACAACAUGUACACGACAUUCAAGAACAGCCAGAAUGGCGGAAUCUUAGGUACAAAAACGACGAAAAGCGACCUUACUUUUUCGACAAGGUCGAACUACGCGCACCGAACUGCAGCUCACUUGACUAUCUCCUCAGAUACGUUAAUACAAUCGAUUUUGGAUCUGCCGAUGUUGGCAGAGGAAAUCGACGAUGGCCGGCUUACCUGCUACCGCUCUUCUUCACGAUCAAGGAGCGCGAUGUCAACUUACCGUACUACGAUACACUGUACCACGCCACACUCGCCGUGACUAGCUGCGUCUAUGGUGCCUGGCAUCUGAUUGCCUGGGGCGGUCCCUUUCGUGGACGUACCGAGAUGGUACUGUGGAGAGGCUCGGCCAUCGGCCUGGCCACUCCAACAGAACUGUCGCCACCUUAUUUGGACAUCGACACGGAGGCCUAUAUGAGUGCCAGCCAUUUGGACGGACUCCUUGACAACAGAGGUGAUGGCUCUAGUCAUCUCGACAGCGCGCUUGCCGUCAACCGCGUUGGUGUCGAUACUUCAACGCACCUCUGCAGCCUGGCAAUGGUCGAGUCAGCCCGUAGCGAGAUCGUUCGCUUCACCACCAACGAGCUGGCUCCUCUCCGCGCUCGCUUGGGCCAACAGAUCCUGGAAGUAUGCUUCAAGCUUGGCAAGCAGGUGGAAUCCCUGCAUGCCAUUCUAUCAAGUUUUGAGAGUGACUGGGAUCCUGAGAGCGCUGGCUCGUACUUCGACCCUGCCCUUGAGGAAUGGCUGCACUGUGUGAAGCAGGUUCUUGUGGCGAUGCAAGCAGAAACCGAGUCCGUUGCUCUACAUAGCUUGGACAUGGACAAGGAUACUCGUGACGAUGUGGUGGACGGCAAAACCGAGGAGUUCCUGCAGUGCUUCUAUGUGCGUUUGGUCGAUCAUACCGACAAGAUGGACGACUUUCUCCCUAUUAUGAUUUUGUACGCAGCUCCUCCUUCAACCUAG